AUGCACUUCAACCGCGUCGCCUUGUCCCUUGCUGCCGUCGCCUUCGUCCAGGCCGACCUCCAGCUCGACAACGAUGACAUUCCCACCCAGUGCCAGGCCGUCUGCCGUCCCAUCUACGACCUCGGCCAAGCCUGUGAGGUGAAUGACGACCUGGUCAGAGAUGACUUGACCGAGGACCGUCUUGAGGCCCAGUGCGUCUGCACAAACAACAGCAUCAACGUCUCCCAGUAUGCCGCACUCUGCGCAAGCUGCAUGGACCAGAACGUCCGUGACCGAGAUGACCUAGAUGACAUCAACGACAUCCUGAGAACCUGCGGCUUCGCCAGCACCUCCUACGCCUCCACCGCAUCCUACGCGUCUACAACCCCGUCCGUCUCAGCGGCCCGCCCCACUGCCUCGGCCCAACUCACCACAACCAUCACCCCCGGCGCUGUCGGCGGCGGAUCCUCUUCCCCGACUCAGACCUCCGCAUCCGGGUCCGGCAGCAACAGCGGCGGCAGCAGUACCACCCCGACCACGGCGGGCGGUCAGACUUCCCAGACCCCCAAUGCUGCGGGUGUUGUGUCGCCUCAAGGUCUCGGCCUGGUUGGUGCCGUUGCCGUUGGCGCUCUCUUCUUGUAA